GAUCCUCCCGCUUUAUACUCAGCUGUCUUGGGACGUUCGAAGAGGUGAAAGCACUGAGAAAACCAGGAAAAUGGAAACCAAGGUAAUGUCUGAGCCCAAAGCCGAUGGUGGGAAAAAAGGAGGGGCCAGGAUUAUUGUGGACAGUGAUGAUGAAGAUCUUAGCCCAAGCGACCUUUCCGAAAUGUUAGCUGAGGGCACCAAAGAGUCUCAUGACAGAGCAGAAAACUGCCAAUUCGUCAAAGAUUUCCUCAGAGGCCGCAUCAAGAGGGAGUUGUUUAAGAGAGGCACAGCAGCUCUUUACUAUGUCUACUCGGCCAUGGAGGAGGAGAUUGAGAAGAAUAAAGACCAUCUUCACAUCGCACCAAUCUAUUUUCCGACCGAGCUGCACCGGGGUGAGGCCCUUGCCCGGGACCUGGAGUACUUUUAUGGAGAGGAUUGGCAGAGCCAGAUCAAACUCUCUGAAGGCACUAAGCCUUAUGUGGACCGCAUCCAUGAGGUUGGAGAAAAGGACCCAAUGUUGUUGGUGGCCCACUCCUACACCCGCUACAUGGGUGACCUCUCGGGUGGACAGAUCCUCAAGAAAGUGGCCCAGAGGGCUCUGAAGCUUCCCUCAACAGGAGAGGGUUUGAACUUUUACCACUUUGAGGGAAUUCACAGUCACAGGGGCUUUAAGCAGCUUUACCGAAGCAGGAUGAACGAGCUUGAGAUGGACAUGGAAACAAAAGAGAAGAUUGUGGAUGAGUCCAAUCGGGCUUUUGGCUUCAACAUGAGGGUAUUUUCAGAGCUGGAGGAAAUUGGAAAGACCAUCAAAGAGGAAUUCCAAGAUGCCGGAUUUGGACACAGUCAUGCAGAGAUCAUGCAGGGUGGUGAUGUCAACAAGUGUCCAUACUAUGCAGCUAAAAUGGCUGCAAGUGGGAAUCCCACCUUUGUACUCCAGCUAGCCAUGAUGCUUCUCAAACAUCCACCUUGUCAGGUGGCCCUGGCUGCCUGGGUAGCGGUCUUUGCUGGGUUUACUGCCUGGUAUCUUCUGUAAACUCAUUGCAUCCUGCUGAAUUUGACCUUCAUCGUUUUAACUGUUACUGCCCAAAAGUGUGAAACAGGAAACAGAAACAGAGCCUAGCAUUUCAUGGACUCCCUCACUAAUCAGUUAUAAGCUGUGUUUUAGUAUUUAUUUAAUUCCACUUUGUGGAAAACAGUUUUUUGCUUCUGAGCAUUCAGAUAAAAAGUUUUCUGACCAUGCACAUAAAAGCCAUUUCAUGAUGCAUGUGCUAUGCUGGAAGUGUGAGUGUGCAUUAGGUUUGAAGAUGCUUCACCAUGUAGGAAACUGAAAUGCCUACGUUUCCACAAGGUCAAAGUAUUAUUACUUCAAUGUAUUUAAGGUAAAUUCAACUAUAUUUUGUGCAGGGAAUGUGUUGGAGUUUAAAUAUGCAUUGUACAAAUGGUUGGAGAAUUUGUCCGUCAAUAAAAGUGGUUC